CACAACGAGCAGACGUUCAUUAACAGCGAAGCAGAGCAGACGUGUGCAGUGGCCAGUGUUAAAAAGUAGAAAAAGUUUAAGUUGAAUAAAAGUCUCUUUUUUUAACUGUACAUUGUGCUAAAGUUUUUUUCUAUAUAAGUGACUAGAUUUGUGUUUUAUUUAUUAAUAAAAUACAAAUUUCUUAAAAACCAAGCAAUUUUAAAAGUUUUUUAAACCAGUUUUUAAAUAAAACCCCAAACUUCCAACAAAAUGGCUGAUGUUGCUGUAGAAAAGAACGAAACCCCCGUUGUCGAGAAGGUAGUAGAGGAAGUUGAUGCUGGCAAAAAGGAUGUAGCAGAAAAGGAAGUUGCUGCUGACAAAACAGAUGCUGCCGACAAAAAAGAAGCUGCUGCCACCGACAAAAAAGAGGGUGAAGAAGCAACCACCACUGAAAAUGGUGAAGCCGCUGCCGCCGAAAGCAGCGAAAAGGCAAAGGAAAAUGGUGAUAGUGAAGCUGCUGCCACAGAAACUGACGGUGCUGCUGCCGCUGAAGCCGAAAAAACUCCCGCUGCCGCUACUGAAGAAUCAGCGCCAGCUGCUGAAGAAAAUGGUGUAGAAGAAACUGCCAAUGGCGAUUCUACAGACUCUGCUCCUGCUGAAGCUGUCAAAAGGAAAGUCACCGAGGGUGAAGCCAAAACAGACGAAGCUGCUGAAGUGACACCCGAAAAGAAGGCCAAGUUGGAAGAAACUUCAAAAGAAGAAGUCCAAAAUGGUGCGGAGGCUUCAGAAGUAGCGGCUUAAUUAAUCUCCAUCAAAACACACAACAACCUACCCUCUACUAUAUAUAAUAUAUAUUAAAAAUAACACACAAAACUAAUUCUAAUAAUUUACUUACAUUAACAUUAAAAAAAUGAAAACUUAAGAAAACAAAUCCUACAAAAACGAGAAAAAAAUCACAAACGGAAAGAUGAAAACCUCUGUAAACUACCUACAAAACAAAAGAAGAAAAGCAAAAAAACACCAACCAUUCAACAACAACAAACAAUUGUAUGAUGUGGUGAAUUUGACCACCCCCUCGUAAAAUACAACAACAAAACAAUUUCAAGACAUUUCAAAAUGAUUUUUAUAGACAUUUAAAACAAAAAAUAUAAAACAAAAUUUUAAAUACA